AUGGAUAAUUGCUUCAAAGGCACGGAGGAAUACAUCGCAGUUUAUAUUGAUGAUAUAUUAGUAUUCUCCCCUGAUGAAAAAAGUCAUGCUAAUCACAUUCAGACAAUGAUUAGUAUUUGCCAGAAGCACGGCCUCAUUUUAAGCCCAACUAAGAUGAAGAUAGCACAGGCCCAAAUGGACUUCUUGGGCUCAACAAUAGGCCAUGGUGAAAUUAAACUUCAGCCUCAUAUAAUUUCCAAAGUGGCUGAUUUUUCGGAAGAAACUUUGAAAGAAACAAAGGGCCUCAGAUCAUGGUUGGGCCUAUUAAAUUAUGCCCGGGCUUAUAUUAAGGAUAUGGGCCGACUUCUCAGCCCCUUAUAUUCGAAAGUAAGUCCAAAAGGAGAAAGGAGAAUAAAUUCUCAAGAUUGGGCCUUGAUUCGACAAAUAAAAGCCCAAAUUCGCAAGCUUCCAAGCCUUUCUAUUCCCCCUGAAGAUUGUGUAAUCGUCCUUGAAGUGGAUGGAUGUAUGGAAGGAUGGGGUGGCAUAUGCAAAUGGAAGGCAGCAUCAAAGGACCCUCACUCCACUGAACGCAUAUGCUCCUAUGCAAGUGGAAAAUUCAACCCAAUCAAAUCAACCAUUGAUGCAGAAAUCCAUGCUUGCAUUAACUCUCUGGAAGCAUUCAAGAUAUUUUAUCUUGAUAAAAAGCAGUUAACAUUACGAACAGAUUGCCAAGCUAUUAUUAGCUUUUUCAACAAAACUGCUAAUCAUAAGCCGUCUAGGUCUAGGUGGCUUGUUUUUACUGAUUACAUUACUGGUCUUGGUAUUGAUGUAAAAUUAGAACAUAUUAGUGGCUCUGAUAAUGUUCUUGCAGAUGCUCUAUCAAGAUUAGCAAUCUACUUUUGCCUCCAUGGAAAUUUUUAUAACCAUGUCCAGCUUGUGCUACAAACCAGAGGCUAUGAAGCAUGGCAGAACGGUGAAGCAAACCUUCUUGUUACAAGAGGCAUGGUGGGAAGAUUAUCAAAUACUCCUAAUGUUGGCUUUGCAUAUGAAAUCCAAGGAGUAACGGAUUUUCUUACCUCCAAAGGCGUCAAAGCAAUUGCUGGUGAACGAGUUCAUUGA